AGCUGGGCGGGAAUAAAGGAGGCGGCGGUCUGAGGUGUGAGGAGGGAACCGGACGGAAUAACACGGAGAAAAGCUGCUCACACGUGGAGGAACAAAGAGGUGCUUCAUAGGAUUUUCUGCCCCCUCUCACUCAGGGAACUAUCUUAAAGAACUUAUAAUAAAUGAGCUGAUUUUGAGGCGGAUAUCCCAUAAUGCCCCAGGAGGAGACUAAUAACAGGGGACCGCUGCGACGCUUUGUCUAAUUCCGUCUCAUUCAUUAAAUAAAAGGGGGAAAUUUGGGAACUCAACAUGGUGAGGUGGAAACUGUUAAGGAAUUUGUUGCUCCUCUGUUUAUUUACAGGUGGCAGCGAGGCCCAGUGCGAAGGCUGUGUGGAAUACUGCUGCGAUGGAACGCCUCCUUUCUGCUGCUCCUACUACGCAUAUGUUGGGGACGUCCUCUCAGGCACUGCCAUCUCUGGCAUCGUGUUCGGCGUGGUCUUCCUGAUGGGGGCGGUGGCGGCCUUGUUCCUGUGCGUGUGCAUGUGCAUGAAGAACGGGCGAGGAGCGCGUGUCGGCGUGUUCAGCACCUCCUACAUCAACACUGUGACCCAGAGCUACCCAGGGCCACCGCCUCCAUAUACGUACGACUACGAGAUGCACUCACCCUUCGUGCAUCCUCCGCCCUACACCCCGACUCAGCCUCAGUCCACCAGUUACUCGCCCCCUCCUCCUUACCCUGGAUGUGCACGCAAGUAAGUCGGCGGUGCAGAACAACUCCACCAGCAGCUCCUGGCUUUCCAGACAUGGAGGUGAUGUGCAUGCCUUUGACGCGGGGCCACUGUGAUACUGUUCAGCCAGGCACAACUGGUAGAUACGCCCCAAAGUCAUGCAGUCUGGACCAUACUAAUGUGAGGUUGCUGCAGAACUUUGCAGCAGCGUUUGGAACCCUGGCAGCCUGCUGUUUGUUCUUUUCCCCACUAAUAACCAAAAUCCUUAUCUGUCCCCGGCUGUGCACAUCAAAAGCACUGUGCCACUUUGAUGAAGGUGAGGAUCACUUUGUCAGCACACAGGAGAAAAGUAUUUCCAGGACACGAUGAAGACUCUGCAUUUAUGGAAAGUUCCAGAGUGUUUUUUUUUUUUUUUUUUUUUGGUGAAGGACACAUGGUUUAAACACACUGGGUCUGGUACUGUACUGUAGAACCGAACACUGUGGGCACGAUUUUCUGCAAAGCACCAGACUGCUGAUUUGUUGUUAAUGCUUUACAAGAAACUGUGUGAUGGGGCCUCGUUUUGUUCAAAUGAACCAAACCUUUUUGUGAAUUCCUUCAUGUAAAAUGCAAAUGUUUUAACGUUGAACGAUUUCUGACUUAAGAUUGUGAAGCAUCUGUUUGUACAGUUACAGGAGGAUGGCUGUUUAAAAUUAAGGUGAAUGGAGGUUAUUGUUCUGAACGAAGGAAGGAACUUAAACAUUUAAAAUCUUUCCCUGGCAAAGUAUUUUCGGGCAGUUUCAGUGGCUGUGUUGUAAAUUGUAUGAAUAAAAGUUUUUAAGUAUCCAGGA